AUGAUGGAGCAACUCGCACUUGCCCAGCAGAUCGAACUCCUUCAGCAGCAACAGCAGCAGAUUGCCGCAACCCAUCAACAGUAUGUCAACCUGGAGAACGUCAACCCCAGACCUCGUAACAGCGGCUCGAUCAGUGGUGCUAGUGGCCACAGCAGAAGACACUCGCUCGCCCUACCCGAGGCAAAGAAGGCUGCCGAGAUUGCUGAGCAGAAACGCAAGCAGUCAGGCUUCCAAUUCCCCAUUCCCGGUGCUGCCGGCGCCGCACCCGACCGCUCCGUGAGCCCUGGCAAUGCCAACACUGACAUGCCACCACCUGCUAACAACUUCUCUAACCGUAAUGCUGGCCGUGGGGGACACGGACGUAGUCAGAGUCUUGCUGUCGGUAACCAGAGAAACCAGCGUGGUGGUCCCGCUUUCCAGUUCCCACCUCCUGCUGAAAUUAACAAUGCCCCUGAGCGUCGUGGUAGCCAGGGACACGGAAGAACCCAGUCGCGUAACUUCGAUGGCAACUGGCGCCAGCAGCAACCGACGAUCCAGGAACAGCAUGCUACCAACAUGGGUAACUUCCAGAUGAACCAGCAUGCUGGAGCCCAGCCAUUCCAGCCGGGCCAUCGCCAGCGCGGCUCUGUCAACAGCCAGUCGAUCAGUUCGAUAAGCAACUUCCAGUUCCCUCAGCAGCCGCAGCUUGUUCAGCUUCCUCAGGGCCAGGUUCUCAUGCAGCCGAACAUGUUUGCUACCCAAGGCUUGAAUGCCCUACAGCUCGCUCAGAUCCAGGCUUACCAGGCCGCUGGACUUCAGCCCCCGAUUGCAGGCCUUCAGGGACAACAAGGUGGUCAGCAGAUGACUAUGCAGCAGCAACAGCAGCAGCGCAAGACUCUCUUCACCNCCUACCUUCCUCAAGCCACUCUCCCUGCUUUACUCGGCGAUGGACAGCUCGUCGCAGGUAUUCUUCGUGUCAACAAGAAGAACAGAAGCGACGCCUACGUCACCACCAACGACCUCGACGCCGACAUCUUCAUCUGUGGUAGCAAGGAUCGCAACCGUGCCUUGGAGGGUGAUCUCGUUGCUGUUGAGCUCCUUGAUGUCGACGAAGUCUGGGGUCAAAAGCGCGAAAAGGAGGAGAAGAAGAAGCGUAAGGACAUGACCGAUAGCCGCGGAACGUCCAUGACCGCUGUGAACGAUGCUACCACUCAGCCAGAAUCCUCUGCCGCUGAGGGAGGUAUCCGCAGACGUGGUAGCUUGAAGCAACGUCCUACUCAGAAGAAGAACGACGAUGUUGAGGUCGAAGGUCAGAGCUUGCUCCUUAUGGAGGAGGAUGAGAUCAACGACGAGCAGAAGCCCCUCUACGCCGGUCAUAUUGUGGCCGUCAUCGAGCGUGUUGCUGGCCAGAUGUUCUCUGGUACCCUCGGUCUUCUCCGUCCCAGCAGUCAAGCCACCAAGGAAAGACAGGAGGCUGAGCGUCAAGGUCGUGAUGGUGGAAACCAACGCAACCAACCCGAUAGACAGCAGGACAGACCCAAGAUUGUCUGGUUCAAGCCCACUGACAAGCGUGUGCCUUUGAUCGCUAUUCCUACAGAGCAGGCACCCAAGGACUUCGUCGAGAAGCACCAAGACUACGCCAACAAGAUCUUUGUCGCAUGCAUCAAGCGCUGGCCCAUCACCUCUCUGCACCCCUUCGGUACCCUCGUUGAGCAGCUUGGUGACGCUGGUGAUCUUAAGGUGGAGACCGACGCCCUUCUGCGUGACAACAACUUUGGCCCUGAUGACUUCUCCGACGCUGUCCUCAAGAACGUUGGUUACGAAGACUGGUCUGUGGCCAAGGAUGGCGAAGCCGCUCUCGAAUCUCGUCGCGACUUCCGCAACGAGCAAACCUUCACCAUCGACCCCAACGGAAGCGAGGAGCUCGACGACGCAAUCCACUUCAAGACCCUUAGUGAUGGUCAUGUCGAGAUUGGUGUGCACGUUGCUGACAUUUCCCACUUCGUCAAGCCUUCGUCUAUGGUUGAUCGCGAGGCAAAGAAGCGCGGUAGCGGUGUCUAUCUGAUGAACCGCACCGUCAAGAUGCUUCCUCCCAAGAUCAGUUCUGAGAUUUGCUCUCUAAGCCCUGGCGAGGAGAGAUACACUGUCAGUGUUGUCUUCAAGAUCAACCCUGAUACUGGCCGCGUCCUUGAUGAGGACACCUGGAUCGGCAAGGCGAUCAUCAAGAGCACUGGAAAGGUCUCUUAUGAUCAAGUCGACAGUAUCGUCAACGGACAAGGUAACUCUGGUCUCGACGAUGAACGUGCCAGCCAGAUUGAGAUGCUUCACAGCAUAUCCCAGAAGCUUCGUCAAGCCAGAUUCGGUGAUGGCACCUCCAACAACCAACCCCUUCGCUUGAUCUACCAACUUGAUGAUGAGAAUGUGCCCGUUGAGCACAACAUCUUCGAUUCUUCGCCCGCUCACGAGUUGAUCGAAGAAUUGAGCCACAAGACCAACUCGUUUGUCGCUCAGAAGAUCUUCGCUGGCUUGCCCGAGAAGGCUCUGCUGCGCAAGCAGGCACCUCCCAACCCCCGUCGCUUGGUAACCUUGAGCGAGCGUAUGGCCAACAUUGGUGUUGAUGUGGACACUACCAGCAGUGGCGCCCUCCAGAACAGCCUCUUCCAGAUCGAAGAUGCUGAUGUCCGCAAGGGUGUGGAGACUCUUCUUAUCAAGGCCAUGCGUCGUGCGAAGUACUUCAUCCCGUCCAAGGCCCCCGCCGACCAAUACUCGCAUUACGCGCUCAACCUGCCUCUGUACACCCACUUCACCAACCCUUCGCGUCGCUAUGCAGACAUCGUUGUUCACCGUCAGCUCGAGCACGUCCUCACUAACGGUGCCGUGGAGUUUACCGAGGAUGUUGAGGCUUUGGCAAAGACUGCUGAGACUGCAAACACGAAGAAGGACUCGGCCCAUGCUGCACAGGAACAGAGUGUGCACAUUGAGUCUUGCCGCGCUCUUGACAGAAAGAGUCAGGAGCUUGGUGGCGAUCUUAUCAGCGAAGGUAUCGUCCUUUGCGUCUACGAAUCAGCCUUCGAUGUCUUGAUUCCCGAGUACGGUUUCGAGAAGCGUGUCCAUUGUGACCAGCUUCCUCUCAAGAAGGCCGAGUUCGACAAGAACAAGCGUCUGCUUGAGCUCUACUGGGAGAAGGGUGUCCCAUCCUCUGCCUACGUCCCUGAAGACGAGAAGCCCAAGGCUAGCCGAGCUAACAACUGGUCUGCAGCCGCCGCUGCUCGUGACUCUGCCGCUACUCGCGCUAAGGAGGAAGAGGCUCAGCGCAAGCAAAUGGAGACUGCAACCAUCUCUACCGACGACGCCGAUGCUCUCUUCGAUGACGACGAUGAUGCUGUUUCUGGGAUCACCGAGCAGACUGCAGGUGUCUCUCUUAACACAGACCGCAACACCCAGAGCAUGCCCCCAUCGCCUACCCGCAAUGGCAUCUCUUCUCAGCAAGGUCCCCAACGCACAAAGUCGGACUCCAAGAUCCUUCACACCACUCCUGAGGCCAAGCUCAGCAACAAGGAUAAGUACCUGAAGUUGUUCAGCCUUCGUGAGUCGGAUGGCAACUACAUCCAAGAUGUCAGAGAGAUGUCGAGAGUUCCGGUCAUCCUUAAGACGGACAUGACCAAGAGUCCACCAUCGCUCAACCCCUAUGCCCUGUAG